UUGUAAACGACUACAACUCCCAACCAAUCACGCAUAGAUCCAGGAAGUCAGGUUGUUCAAGACGGUUGCUCCAUCGUUACCAACAUAAAACAGAAUGGCAAAGGGAUUUAGAUGUGUUGAAUGCAAUAAGGACGCGCACGAGCUUCACAGAGAUUACAGUAAUGGGAUCUUGAAGAUAACCAUAUGUGGAUCCUGCCAAAAGCCUGUGGACAAGUACAUUGAAUACGAUCCAGUCAUUAUUCUAAUUGAUGCCAUUUUAUGCAAAACUCAAGCAUUCAGACAUAUUCUGUUCAACACUACAUUGAAUAUUCACUGGAAACUGUGUGUGUUUUGCCUGUUGUGUGAGGCCUACCUGAGGUGGUCACAACUCCAGGGAUCUGAACAUAGCAAUGACCCAGCAGACAUCAUUAGAUACACCAAGGAAUGGGAUUUCUAUGGCAUGUUUGGGAUGGCAGCUCUUGAAUUGGGUGCGUUCUCUGUUGGAGUGCUGUCCUUCCUGUGGCUGGUGCAGUGGUUGCUUGGCUUUGACUUUGAACUGAGCUUACAGCUGAAAGCCCUCCUGCUGUCCAGCUAUGGAAAGGUUCUGCUCAUCCCUGCAGUCAUAUGGGAGCAUGACUACUCCCCGCUCUGCUUCAGCCUCAUCAAGCUGUUUGUGCUCACGUCCAACUCUCAGGCCAUAAGAGUCAUUCUAAACUGCAGCAGAAGGCUAUCCCUGCUGGCUGUGUGUGUGGGUCUGCUGUUAGAAACGUGCGUAGCCUGGGCGUUUCAGACACUUCCAUGGAGCAUACAGGACAUCCUGCCGUUCCAGUGACCUGUUUCAGGCCAGUCCUGAAGAACACACUGUUACAAUGGCACCUAUUAUACCCUGGACCAGAGCACUGUGUGGAGUGUGCCUAGUCAUAUACAGUGAGGUCCAAAAGUAUUUUGGACAGUGACACUUUUUGUUGUUGUUUUGGCUCUGUAUUACAACACUUUGGAUUUGAAAUUAUAUAAUGACUGAGGUUAAAGGCCCAGUGCAGUCAAAAAUAUUUUAACUGUUUUGUAUCAUAUUUUACAACAGCUGUAAAAGUGUGAAAAGUUUUAUCAGUGUUUCCUGAUUGUUGCAGGUUGAAAAUACAAUCUACACACAACCUUCUAAUCAGCAGGUUUGCAUUGGCGGGAGUUUCGGCUUGCCUG